AUGGCGGCACGCGGCGGGCUGAGCGCCCUGCAGAAGGCGGCCGUGCUGCUGGGCCUGCCCGCGGGUGCUGCCGUGCUGUACGUCGUGUACCGGCGGUACCGCGAGGGCCGAGAGGAGCGGGCGACCUUCGUGGGCGACGAGGAGCUGGAGGCCGAGGUGCGGGUGCCGCGGGCGGCCGUCAAGGCCCUCAUCGGGCGGAAGGGAGCCACCAUCAGGAAGCUGCGGCAGGAGACGGGGGCGCGCAUCGACGUGGAGGAGGAGGACGAGGCGGGCGAGGAGCGGCUGCUGCUCAUCGCGGGCUCCCCGGGGCAGGUGUGCCGCGCCCAGGCCGCCGUGCGCCGCGUCGUGGCCGACAGCGCCCCGGUGCUGGAGCAGCUCCGCGUGCCCCACACGGCCGUCGGCAGGAUCAUCGGCCGCGGCGGCGAGACGGUGCGGAGCAUCUGCCAGAGCUCGGGGGCCAAGGUGCUGUGCGAGCGCAAGGCCGAGGCCGGCCUGGCCCCGACGCGGCUCAUCCGCCUCUCGGGGACGCGGCAGGAGGUGGCGGCCGCCAAGAAGCUGAUCAUGGAGAAGCUGCUGGAGGACGACGCCUUUCAGAAGGAGCUGGCCCGGGCGGCGGCGGCGCGGGGCCACCGCAAGCAGCCCCUGGGCAGCCGGAGGGAGCCGGAGCUGCCUGGCGGGACCCCCGAGCACGGGGCUGGGGACGGGGGCGUGCUCGGGGGCGUCGCUGCGCUGCUGGGUGAGGGUCCCUCCGAGGAGCCCGGGGAGGAGAGCGAGGCCCCGGAGGAGCUGGCGGCGGGGGCGGACGUCGUGGUGCCGAAAUUCGAAGUUCCCAGCCCCGAGUUCAGCUUCCCCGCGGCCGACCCCCUCGAGGUUUACGUCUCGGCCGCCGAGAACCCCGACCACUUCUGGGUGCAGCUGGUCGGCGAGCGCAGCCUGCAGCUGGACAAGCUGACGGCCGAGAUGUCGCACUACUACGAGGGCAGCGGCCGCGCGGCGGAGCUGGCGGCCGUGCAGGCGGGGGACAUCGUGGCCGCUCCCUACGGGGACGGCAGCGACUGGUACCGGGCGCGGGUGCUGGGCGCGCUGCCCGGCGGCAGCUGGGACCUGUACUACGUGGACUUCGGGGACAACGGCGAGGCGCCGCCAGCCGCGCUGCGAGCCCUGCGGAGCGAUUUCCUGAGCCUCCCCUUCCAGGCCAUCGAGUGCAGCCUGGCCGGCGUCGUGCCCGCGGGCGCUGAGUGGGCCGAGGCGGCGCUGGACGCCUUCGAGCGCCUGACGCACUGCGCGCGCUGGAAGCCGCUGCUGGCCACGGUCUGCAGCUACGGCCGGCGGGGGCCCCGCACGUGGCCGCGCGUCUCCCUGUGCGACGAGGACCUCGACGUCGGCGCGGAGCUGGUGCGGCUGGGCCACGCUGCGCCGCGGCCGCGGGAGGAAGAGGAGGAGGGGGAGGAAGAGGAGGCAGCAGGGGAUGAAGCGCUGCGGUGGGGGACGGAGACCCCGGAGGACGGCGCCUGCGUGUCCCUCGAGAGCCUCUCGGAGCCCCGGGGCAGCCCCAGCGAGGCGCCCCCCACCCUGGCGCCCCCCCCUGGCCCCCCCACCCCGUCCUGCCUCAGCCCCCCAGAAGGCAGCCCCGUGUCUGGCAGCGGCGCCGUCCCGGUGCCAGAGGGGAGCUCCCCGUGA